GCUCUCCAACUUCAUUCUGACUUUCGUCGGAGAGUUUGCAUCUUUCUCUCUUUCUAGAUGGAGAGGUGGAUUUUUCAAGAAUAACAAAACGUGUUUGUAAGAAGAGUUUUAGAAAUUCAAUAGGAUUACUGCACAUUGGUUUAUAUUUUGAUAAGCAGCAUUGUCAUAUAAGAGGGGGCCUCAACCUGUUCCGGUCAGCUAUUUGCGGGGUCAUCUCACAAGGUGGAGUUUCAUUUGCAAUUCAACAGAUAUUAGAAGAUGUUGCCCGAAAUAGACCAUUAUAAAGUAAAAAAUCAGGAUAAAGGCCCAAUCAAAAAGAUGAUUCUGCUGGCCAAAGAUUACGUCCAUUAUUUGAAAAAGUACAGUAAAGUAGUAUCAGAUGGAAAAGAUUUUGACACUGUCAUCAAAGCUACUGAUAAAAACCUCCUGGAAACACCAAAAUGUUCACAGCUUUUGGUAUCUUUGAAAGAUGAUUUGAGAUGUGCUACUACCAUUUUCAUGGAAGACUUUAUUGGGUCUGGAGGUGUGGAGUGCUUGCUUGAAGUACUACGCGUCUGUCAAGCUCGUCAAAAUGAUACAAAAGCACCAAAGGGUCGUCAACAACAAACUAUGCUCCGAAAAAUAUCGAGUAACCAGUACGAUUGUCUACUUUGCUUGAAAUUCGCUAUGCAAAACCCGAAAUCCGUCAUUCGAGUGACAGAGGAUGCUCAUGGAUUGUCAAGUAUCUGUUCCUGUUUUAUGAGCACUUACACAAAAUCUAGAAUACUAGCAUUGCAACUUCUGGUUCGUAUUUUGGAGUUGUCUAGCAGGGGACACGCACUGAUUCUUGAAGCUCUGACUGCAAUUCGGGUUCUUUUCGGUGAACCUGUCAGAUUCAAGUUCUUGGUAGGUCUUUUGCAAGGAAGUAUCGCAUCUCCUCCAGCAUUCCAGAGCACGGCACUGAAGUUCCUGAAUACCUUGCUGAAAACAAGCCCUAGACCUGCAGAUCGAAUACGUCUUCAGUGUGAACUGGAAGAUGCUGGAUUGGAUUUAAACGCCUUAGAAGCCGAAUUACGGAAUCGCUGUAUUCCUUGUACUGAUCCUGUCUGGACAGAACUUGAAGUAUGGAAGAAGUCUUAUCUGGAUAUGGAAACUGUCACGGGUGGUAAACAAAAUCUAGAGACCGAGAACGAGAGGUUACAAAAAGAAGUGCAACUUCUUCGUCAAGCCCUACAAAAAUUAGAAGAGGACAAAAUUAACUUGAUGCAAAUUGAAUUGGAGUUGAAAGAGAAAUGUGAAGAUUUAAAUGAAGAAGUAACAACUCUCAAAUCAGAAAUGAAGAAGCCAAAACCUGAUGAAGAGUUGAAUCAAAUUAGCAUUCUUGAUAUCAAAAAUCAUUUUCUCAUCGAUGAAGAUGAUCCCGUUCUUUCUGGAGACAGUGGUCAGUUGGGGACUGAAGAAAUCUUUAUAGACGUUCCCACAAUUCGGCCUCCAGUUGGCUUUAGAUCAGACAGUUCCUGCUACGAAGAUUCAACCAAAUAUUCACCGAAUCUUAGCACCAAAUCAAAUUCUUCCAACAAUUCUUUGACUCUGAAAAAAAAUUGUUUUCAAACGAAAACAUCAAGUACCUCAACCGGUUUUGGGUCUAAAACGUCGAACUCAGACAAAGAAUCAGCCGAUUCUGCUCUCAGUGAAUCCGAAUCAGAUUCGGGGAUAAAUUGGAGCUACCCAGUUAUACCCGAACCUCCUCCAGAGGUUCGUGCAAGUCGAGUUACCUCACGACUGAAAGACGACAAUGUGACCAUUAUUCCUUUUCGAUAUCCAACCUUAAAAACAAAUCGUAAAAUGGCGCAACGGAGUCGUUCAGAGGAUAGACGGGAAACAAACGAGGCAAGAACAAGAAAAUUGAUGGAAGGGGAGACGAAAGUAGUAGAUUCGACGAACUUUUUCAUGGUUAAAAGAAACAACAACUUUAAUAACGAACUACUAGGCAGGCAAAGCAGCUGUCUUCCAGUUAAUGAAUCAAACGGAAAAUCUAAUAAACUGUCAACCGGAAGAUCACCCACUAUUAUCCCUUCUUAUCAACUACCAGUUGCCUAUAAAAGUAACUUUUUAAAAAAGGGUCACAGUAACUGUGAUUUGUAUUCUGGUAUGAGUAACGGUUCUUCGGACAAAAUACCUCAGAUACCACCACCUGAUUACAGUUGUGGAGUUUCGGUGGCAGCGUCUGGUGGAACAAUAAGUGCUCUAGUUCAUAGGGAGAUCACAAAAGCUGUAAAACAAAUAAGCGGUUGGAUAUAAUAUUUCGCGUCUUAUGUAAAAGAGAUAGUGUAAAUAACUAUGCAUUGUUGAUAGCCUUAUUCAUAUUGCAAAAUGUUGGGUCUCUCAGGCCUGGCAAACUUCUGAGCUCAGCCCAUCAGAAACUUGUCCAGACCUGGCAAAGUUGAGUUGAUAAAUCUGUUAGGUUGGAACAUCUUCCACUCUGAGUGGAGAGUUUUGUUGAAGAAAGUUCCUCUACAGAGACAUAGAGGGUUCAGAUUACAAACGAGCUAUACCUAUUCGAUUAAAAUAUUUUUCUAAUAUGCAUGGUUACUCAGCCGAAUCACACACUGCUCACAAAAAAAAAAUAGGAUAGGUCACUAGUUAUUAUUUGAGGACCUUGUUAGAAUCGUAGGACAGCUCUACUUUUGUUCAUUUUAAAAUACAGAGAUCCUUAAAGUCUAGUGAGUGCAUGCCUAUUUUGUCGUUUCCUCUGUUUUGCAUUUGGCAGGAAGGGAAAAAAAAUAAGGAGAGUUACUAGUUUUAAAAUAAUAUAGAGGUUACUUGUAUGAACCCGAAAGUGAGGCAAAUUCCCUUUUUUCAGUAAGAAGAUGGAGUCCAGUCACUAUUAAAACCUUCAUAUUAACUCUACAAAUUUCACUUUAUUCAAGCACUGAAGAAUUUUUUUGUCUAAGUAACUGUCAGCAUAUUUUAGAAGAGCAUAAUAAACUUUUAAAAAAUUUGCCGUUUGUUGCAAUGUUAAGUUUCCAUAAAUAAGAAGACAGAAUUUAAAAUCUUUAUUUCUUGCUGUGACUUACAGCCAUUUUAAAAUUACUCCUCCUUUAAAAAUAAUAAUCGCAAUUAUAUAUUUUAGAUAAAUUAUUAAUUUUAUUAUUUUUUUAAGAUAAAUAAUUUUAUACAAUAUUAAACACAAGGUUGAUAGUUAGCACGUAAUAAAAACUAUAUUCCAAUAUGAUUAAGCAAUUUUUAUUGCUUGUACACAGAAAAGAAUUCAGUUUUUAAUUUUUUGUUCCUUUACUGUGGUGUUUACAAAUUUUACAUGAAUACAAAUGGCACAUUUUCAAAGUUGUGACGAUUUACCUAUCAGUUACGGUACUACAAGGGAAGAAGAAAAAAACUGCAUGCAUAAUUAACGGUUUUUUACUUAUUCUUGAGCAGUGUAUAUCAUAAAGAUAAGGUUGAGAAUACUUAUUUAAAUUGAGUUCUUCCCUCAAAAAUUAUAAGAUUAAUAUUUAUAAAAACAAUUCAUUCAUUAAUUAUGAAUAAAUACUUCACAUAUUGUUGUCAUCUUAAAGCUUUCUUGAAAAAUAUUAUAGGAAAAAAAGGGGGAAUAAAACUUGGUCUGUUUGUGAUCUUAGCCCUCAACUAAAUGAUAUUGUUUGUUUACGGAAACUGAAUGAAUAAUUUCAACUCGUUUAAGAUGAAAUUUGCACAGAGCAUUCGCUUACAAGUUUCUAAAAAUCUUUUUAUUAAAAAGGUUAACCUAUUUUUAUUUCAAAGAAUUUCAGUGUGUGACAUGUAACUAUUUAAAAAUCAUUUUUAUAUGUUGAAACAAUUCAAACGAAUACAUAAAAUGCUUCUGGAUGUGUGUGUGUUAUUAAACUUUUUAACACUAUUUUUUAGAUUAAAGGAAAGUAAAUAAAAAUCAUUUAAAUGUAU